UGGUUGUAGAGUUAUCCAUUUCUGAAGGCGUGGCUGAAACAGACUUCAGGAAGACAGAAGUCGUUAGUGCAUUGAACGAAGCAAAGAUGCUCUCUCAAAUUUGUGGCUUCAUAUGCGGAUUCCUUGACAGAAUCCGCAACUUGAUCUUCAACCUUCUGUGCGGCAAGAGAAAGCCUGCCAUUACUCUGAAAGAUCCAACCAUCAAAUACCCCUUGAGAUUAAUAGAUAAAGAGAUUAUCAGCCAUGACACUCGAAAGUUCCGCUUUGCCCUUACCUCCCCAGAUGAAGUCUUGGGUCUGCCCAUUGGACAACAUAUCUAUCUGUCAGCUAGGAUCGAUGACAAACUGGUGGUGAGGCCUUACACUCCUGUAUCCAGUGACGAUGACAAAGGAUUUGUGGACCUGGUGGUCAAGAUCUACUACAAGAAUGUGCACCCGAAGUUCCCUGAGGGAGGCAAGAUGAGUCAGUACUUGGAGAGUUUGCGCAUUGGCGAGACUAUUGAUUUCAGAGGGCCCAGCGGGCUAUUAAUCUACCAGGGAAAAGGAGAAUUUGCUAUCAAACCUGACAAGAAGGCCCAGGCUGAAAUAAAGAAGGCAAAACAUGUGGGCAUGAUUGCUGGUGGAACAGGCAUCACGCCGAUGUUGCAGAUCAUCCGAGCUGUGAUGAAAGACCCCAAGGACCAGACAGUUUGUCAUUUGCUUUUUGCCAACCAGACUGAAAAAGACAUUCUCCUUCGACCUGAGCUUGAGGAGGUAUUGGCCAACCACCCAUCCCGAUUCAACCUGUGGUUCACUGUGGAUAAAGCUAAUGAGGACUGGACGUACAGCCAAGGCUUCAUCAGUGAGGAGAUGGUGCGGAAUCAUCUGCCGCCUCCAGGCGUCGACACGCUCAUCCUGAUGUGUGGCCCGCCUCCCAUGAUCGAGUUCGCCUGCAUCCCCAACCUGAACAAGGUGGGCCACUCGGACACUCUCCGCUUCACCUUCUAGAUGUACACAAAGAGGGAGGGGUCAGGAGGCCAGUCAGACUGGGAGUCUGACCCUCGCGCUUGAUCAAAGUGUAUGUGUGGUCAAGCAGUGUAGAUGGGCUGCACACGCUGCUUUUUGAAACCUGGUAAUUGUAAAGGUAUCAUGCGAAAUUCAACCUGUAUUUAUGCCUGAGCGACUUAAGAAAAUUCUUGUUCCUUUAGCAACAGUGCCAAAACUGUCACAACAGUGCAUAUGCAUCUCUAAGGCUGUAAAGAUUAAGUUAUGUAGAGGGGAAAAACUGUGUCUUGUCAAGUCUGGACACAAUAUGAGAAGUUUGCUCUCGGCGUUAUGCUGUAGACAACAGAAACAGCAAAAAUGUCAUUUUGUUUGAUGUAUCUGAAUAUUUUUAGCAAGUAAGCAAAUGAAUUUUGCAUGAUUGCUGUUUGAUGAGGAAGUAUGCAUUAAUAUACACAUGUUGAACUGAGACCAAAAUCAGGAUGCUCUGAUGGGUAGCAAAUUGUGCCGUGUUGACUUUAAUUUGCCUCCUUCCUAAUCCUACUGACUAAAUUCCUUCAGUUUCUGUAAACAUUGAACAGAAACAUCCGUGGUCCAACCAAGCUCACUACUCAGUUUGCACUUAAAAAAUGUAUGGCUGAGAGUGACUAAAUGAAGAAUCUGUUCAGGCCCAUGUUUUACUGCUCCUUAACAGUGGGAACCUGCACCCAGGUACUUGGCCAAGGCUCAUGUGCUUGGCCACUAGGGGGAGUGUUUGCCUUUUUGUGAUAAUACGGCUCUGAAUUUUGUCAGCAACAGAAAAUAAUGGACCCAUUGUAUUAUUUAGUUUUACAGUUACUUGUCCCCUUGGGUCACAAAAUGUUUGGUUCUGAAUGUUUUGGCUUGUCAUUUUAUCUUUUUGAGUUCUAUGCUGUUAUUUCAGUUUUUACACCGAAGCUAAGGAUAUUACACAAGAAUAUUGGCUGAUGGCUUUGGCAACUUCACAGCUGGACUUUUGCCUCAAAUAUUAUGUGUAAUCAAUAAUCAUAGCAUUAAUUUUACAAUAACCAUAUAUUUCUGUAUACUUCAGCAACGAUUGAAAUGAACAAAUCUGAAUAUAGGUGAAAGACAUUGUCUUGCCUGGCCUUCAGGAGUGUCAGAUAUUCGAUUGAUUUCUGUUCUGAAAAUGAGUGCCUUACCAUCCUCUUCAAGAUUCUCCUUUCCAGUAUGAUGCAGAUGUUAUGGAAACAACUCGCUGAAAUUAUGUUUGAGUGGAAAUGCUUUACACGCCAUCAAAACUAUUAUUUAAAUGCAUAUCCCUUAUGCACUGUGUUGAGUAUGUUGUGUGAAACAAACACCUGCUAUCUACCAUUACAUGCACAAUUUGUCAUCACGCAAUACACCAAAUAAGUCAUGCACAGAUGUUAAGACUACAGAUGUAUCUGUAAGGCAAGUUGUAUUUGUCAGUGUAUUCAUGACACCCUUUCAUCAAUAAAAACAAAAAACAAUGACGUUCUA